CCCCGGCGCGACCCCCUCCCGCCUGGGGCUCCAGUCCCCGGGAUCCCAAGCUCCGCCCCGCCGACCCCCGUCUCCCGCAGACCCCGGCCCUAGCCUAACGAGAUCCCCUGUCUCCCCAGGCGCCCUGGCCCCAGAUUCUCCCGGGCGGCAUCCUCCGCUUCUCGUCGCGGAGGAAUCGAGCAUCCCGUCCGCUCCCGGGGCCGAGGGAUUUAUCUGCGUCCUCCCCCUUUCCCUCCUGCCUCAGGCGCCUCAGCAUCGCCUCUGCAACCUUUUGCACAGGCUGUGGUUCUGCCAAUGAUCCUGUGAGUGCCGGGGAGUCACCGCUGCCCCUAGGGGCUCCUGUCGUGGAGUGCCCCCCCCCCGCCUGUCCCCAGCAUGGCGUCCGACACCCCCGAGUCCCUGAUGGCCCUCUGCACCGACUUCUGCUUGCGCAACCUGGAUGGCACCUUGGGCUACCUGCUGGACAAGGAGACUCUGCGGCUACAUCCAGACAUCUUCCUACCCAGCGAGAUCUGCGACCGGCUCGUCAAUGAGUAUGUGGAGCUGGUCAACGCCGCCUGCAACUUUGAGCCCCACGAGAGCUUCUUCAGCCUUUUCUCCGACCCCCGCAGCACCCGCCUCACCCGGAUCCACCUCCGUGAGGACCUGGUACAGGACCAGGACCUGGAGGCCAUCCGCAAGCAGGACCUGGUGGAGCUGUACCUGACCAACUGCGAGAAGCUGUCCGCCAAGAGCCUGCAGACGCUGAGGAGCUUCAGCCACACCCUCGUAUCCCUGAGCCUCUUCGGCUGUGCAAACAUUUUCUAUGAGGAGGAGAACCCAGGGGGCUGUGAAGACGAGUGCCUCGUCAAUCCCACCUGCCAGGUGCUGGUCAAGGACUUCACCUUCGAGGGCUUCAGCCGCCUACGCUUCCUCAACUUGGGCCGCAUGAUCGACGGGGUCCCUGUGGAGUCCCUGCUACGGCCUCUCAGCUCACUGGCUGCCUUGGACCUCUCGGGCAUCCAGACGAGCGACGCGGCCUUCCUAACCCAGUGGAAAGACAGCCUGGUGUCCCUUGUGCUCUACAACAUGGACCUGUCAGAUGACCACAUCCGGGUCAUCGUCCAGCUGCACAAGCUGCGACACCUGGACAUCUCCCGAGACCGCCUCUCCAGCUACUACAAGUUCAAGCUGACUCGCAAGGUGCUGAGCCUCUUUGUGCAAAAGCUGGGGAACCUGAUGUCUCUGGACAUCUCUGGCCACAUGAUCCUGGAGAACUGCAGCAUCUCCAAGAUGGACGAGGAGGCAGGGCAGACUAGCAUCGAGCCUUCCAAGAGCAGCAUCAUGCCUUUCCGGGCCCUGAAGAGGCCACUGCAGUUCCUUGGGCUCUUCGAGACCUCCCUGUGCCGCCUCACACACAUUCCCGCCUACAAAGUAAGUGGUGACAAAAAUGAGGAGCAGGUGCUGAAUGCCAUCGAGGCCUACACGGAGCACAGGCCUGAGAUCACCUCACGGGCCAUCAACCUGCUUUUUGACAUCGCACGCAUCGAGCGCUGCAACCAGCUUCUUCGGGCCCUGAAGCUGGUCAUCACGGCCCUCAAGUGCCACAAGUAUGACAAGAACAUUCAAGUCACAGGCAGCGCUGCCCUCUUCUACCUGACCAAUUCUGAGUACCGCUCUGAGCAGAGCAUCAGGCUGCGCCGACAGGUCAUCCAGGUGGUGCUGAACGGCAUGGAGUCCUACCAGGAGGUGACGGUCCAGCGGAACUGCUGCUUGACUCUCUGUAACUUCAGCAUCCCCGAGGAGCUAGAAUUCCAGUACCGCCGGGUCAAUGAGCUCCUGCUCAGUAUCCUCAACCCCACGCGGCAGGACGAGUCCAUCCAGCGUAUCGCCGUGCACCUGUGCAAUGCCCUGGUCUGCCAGGUGGACAACGACCACAAGGAGGCCGUGGGCAAGAUGGGCUUUGUUGUGACCAUGCUGAAGCUGAUUCAGAAGAAACUGCUAGACAAGAUAUGUGACCAGGUGAUGGAGUUCUCCUGGAGUGCCCUGUGGAACAUCACCGACGAGACGCCGGACAACUGCGAGAUGUUCCUCAACUUCAAUGGCAUGAAGCUCUUCCUGGACUGCCUGAAGGAAUUCCCAGAGAAGCAGGAACUGCAUCGGAAUAUGCUAGGACUCUUGGGGAAUGUGGCAGAGGUGAAGGAGCUGCGGCCCCAACUAAUGACUUCCCAAUUUAUCAGUGUCUUCAGCAACCUGCUGGAGAGCAAAGCUGACGGAAUUGAGGUUUCGUACAAUGCCUGCGGUGUCCUCUCCCACAUCAUGUUCGACGGGCCUGAGGCGUGGGGCAUCUGUGAACCCCAGCGGGAGGAGGUGGAGGAACGCAUGUGGGCAGCCAUCCAGAGCUGGGACAUCAACUCACGGAGAAAUAUCAAUUACAGGUCGUUUGAGCCAAUUCUUCGUCUCCUUCCUCAGGGCAUCUCCCCUGUCAGCCAGCACUGGGCCACCUGGGCCCUGUACAACCUUGUGUCUGUCUACCCGGACAAGUACUGCCCCCUGCUGAUCAAAGAAGGGGGGCUGCCCCUUCUGAAGGACAUGAUCAAGAUGGCCACCGCUCGGCAGGAGACCAAGGAAAUGGCCCGCAAGGUGAUUGAGCACUGCAGUAACUUUAAAGAGGAGAACAUGGACACGUCCAGAUAGAGGCCUCCGUCCCCACGGCCGCCACUGCUCUGGACCACGAGGCCAGGAGGAAGCUCUCAAGCAGCCCAGCGGGCAGACCCCCACCGGGGAGCCUUCCGCUGGAUGAAGGGACACAGGGGGACUUUUGCACAACCGACGCUUUUCCUUAACAUUAGUGAGAUAUAUAUAUUAUAUAUAUAUUAUAUAUAUAUAUAUAUUAUUUUUUUUGGUUAGGAAGUGUGAAGUUUUGUGUGUAUGAUUUCUGUACAAAAACAAAAGAAACACUCCCUGAGUCCUCGCAGCUUCCUUGGCCAUUCUCAAGCCCCAACUCCAAGCCUUCAUCGCUGCCACCCACUCUUGCCCCCCACCCCCGACUAAAUGCCUCUAACGUUGUGAGAGUCCAGUCCUUUCCCAGUGACCUCAGACCCUGGCCUCACUUCCCAUGAGGAGAGGCAGCAGGCUUUUAACAGCCCACUCCAGCACCCCAACCCACUCCCCAAAGCCUGAGAACCCCCUCUGGGCUCCUGGGUGUGGCUGAUGGCGUUUGGGAUGAAAACUAGCCCCACUGGGUCUCCCAAAUGCCUUGGUGCUCCCGGCCGUGGGCCAUCUGGGGCGAGGAAGUGAGUGCUCAGGCCCAGGCAGCCCCGGCCCCAGAGGACCCUCAGGAGCGGGGCUCACAGCGGCCCCGCUGUUCUCUGGCCGGGCCUGCCUGAGGCCACGCUGCUACGGAGGCUGCCUCCUGGUCUCCCACCAGGUCCCAGGCUACUGAAGGCCCCAGCCCAGGGCUGGUCAGAACUCCGGCAGAUUCCACUGCCUCUUCUGCCAAACAGAUUCAGCACCUGCCCCAGCCCUGGAAGCCAGCACCUCUGGGACCGGGGCUUGCCCCUCACUCCCCAGCCCUUCGCCUGCCCGCAGUACCCAUGGUGCCCAGGCACCCCACCAGCAGAACUGAGCCGGCCUCAUUCGCCUCCCCCACCCGACCUGCCCCGCUGCCUGGAGGAGCCCACCUGUCUCUCUGUGAGGCGGGAGGUCCCCACUCCAGCCGGACCCGCAGCAACAGCUAACUGCCUCCAGACCAGCACCGGGCACAGCCUGCAGUGGCCCCGCGUGGCCCUUCCGAGCCUCUCCUCCCUGUCCCCAGGCUUUACCUCGGGAACCUCUGUGCCGUGUUUCAGAGAAGUGUGAGCCGCAAAUGUAUCUCGAAAUAUCUUGUGGUCCUCCCUUGAUGUAACUCCGAAUUGCUUCUCGUGAGACAGGCGGUGGUAAGGAUGCCCU